AUGGAGAUAACAUCGAGUACUCCAAUGACAUAUUCUGUUCAUGAGACGGGGGAUUGGCUAUGGAGUUACAUCAUUACAACCCGCAAGAACGCUGUCAACUCCGUCGGAUACGUCGAUAAGACGAUGCAAGGACCUCUUAACAUGACCGGCGUGUUGUCUCGACGAGAAGGUCUACAGAUACUCAACAAUGUUAGUGCCUUCCGUCGAUUCAACGAGGGAGACCAGAUUUUUGUAGUCGGAUCCGCAAUGUGGUUCCUUCCGAGUGCAGGUCUUGUGCUGCAAGACAACAACUGGACCGUCAUCUCGCCGUCACCGACAAAUCCUGAGUACAAAUGCGUGGUACGAAAUUGCUACAAGUUAGAAGCAACUCCCGUUUCAGCAGCCAAUACUCAAACCCAGAAGGCGACCCUCGACUUGGUCGGGAACCGCAUGCGAAUCAUCAUUCAGUCCAUGCAAGAUACUUUACUUGGUCACGAUGAACGCAGUUCUACGUACACCUGCUGA